CUCCCAUCAUCUCACCACGCUCUCCUCUCCUCUUUCCUUUUCCUUUUUCCCCAUUUGCUCACCUCAUUUCCAACUUUCCUCUCUCUCUCUCUCUCUCUCUCUCUAAACCCUUUUCUCCCAAACCUCUCUGUCCCCUUUACCGCGAGAUUCUCUUCUCCUUCACAAAAAAGAAUUUUUUUCUAGGGUUUUCUCUUCUCCAAAAAAUUCUAAUUUUCCUAUAUUCAUAAGCCCCAAAUAUAAAUACUUAUUAUUACAGCUGUCUUUCUACAAAAACCCAACUGGGUUUUGUUCAGUAUAAGCUUAAUCUUUAUACGGUUUGAUUUUGGGCGGAUUUUUUGAGGUGGGAUUUUUUUCUCCCUAUUUGCGAUGCAAAAAUCCGAUCUUUAUCACUGUCCGAUGUGAUGACUAUUUUCAUCAGUCAAUGGCUUUGACUCUCCUACUUUUUUUGGUAUUUUUCGUAAACCCUCUAUCGAUUUCGGGUUAUUCAGACGAUGAUUCCGAGUUAAUUCUAUUCCAUCAAGACUAUUCCCCGCCGGCGCCGCCACCUCCGCCGCCGCACCCGCCGUCGGUAUCAUGCGAGGACGAUCUUGGCGGCGUUGGGUCGUUGGAUACAACUUGCAAGAUUGUGUCCAAUGUGAAUAUCACUAAGAGUGUGUAUAUAGAAGGGAAGGGAAAUUUUUAUGUCCUUCCAAACGUGACCGUAAAUUGUACUUUUACCGGUUGUGAAAUUGGGAUUAAUGUGACUGGGAACUUCACUUUGGGUGAGAAUUCCGUGAUACUAGUUGGAACAUUCCAGCUGGUGGCGGAUAACGCUACAUUUAGUAAUAGUUCAGCUGUGAAUACCACUGGUUUGGCUGGUUCAGCGCCAGCUCAGACGAGUGGGACGCCACAGGGAGUGGAGGGAGCGGGUGGAGGGUACGGGGGACGAGGGGCGUGUUGUUUGACGGAUGAAAAAAAGAUUCAGGAGGAUGUUUGGGGCGGGGAUGCUUAUGGAUGGUCCACAUUGCAAAUGCCAUGGAGUUAUGGGAGUAAAGGCGGGACCACAAGUAAGGUUGUGGACUAUGGUGGGGGUGGAGGUGGAAAGAUAAUGCUGUUGGUGGACAAGUUUCUUGAAGUGAAUGGCAGUGUGUUGGCUGAUGGAGGUGAUGGAGGCGUCAAAGGUGGCGGCGGCUCUGGCGGUAGCAUCUACAUCAAAGCCUAUAAGAUGACCGGAAACGGUAGAAUUAGCGCUUGUGGAGGUGAUGGUUUUGCUGGUGGAGGUGGUGGAAGAGUUUCUGUCGAUAUUUUUAGUAGACACGACGAACCAGAGAUCUUUGCGUAUGGAGGAAGCAGUCGUGGUUGCCCAGAAAAUGCAGGCGCAGCUGGAACUUUCUAUGAUAAUGUCCCCCGCAGUCUUACUGUUAGCAACCACAAUAAAUCAACUUCUACAGACACGCUUCUCUUGGAUCUUCCUCAGCCACUUCUGACAAAUGUUUAUAUUCGCAACCACGCUAAGGCUGCUGUCCCCUUGCUGUGGAGUCGUGUUCAGGUCCAAGGUCAAAUCAGCCUUUUGUGUAAUGGAGCGCUGAGCUUUGGGCUGGCACGUUAUGCGAUGUCAGAGUUUGAAUUAUUGGCAGAGGAGCUUUUGAUGAGUGAUUCUGUCAUUAAGGUUUUUGGAGCGCUACGGAUGUCUGUCAAAAUGUUUCUGAUGUGGAAUUCGAGAAUGAUAAUUGAUGGUGGUGGAGAUCAAAAUGUUGAGACAACAAUGCUUGAGGCUAGUAACCUAAUUGUUCUUAAGGAAUCAUCUCAAAUUCGUUCGAAUGCAAAUCUUGGAGUUCAUGGCCAAGGGUUGUUGAAUUUAUCUGGACCAGGAGAUGCUAUUGAAGCUCAAAGACUGGUCCUGUCUUUAUUUUACAGCGUCAAUAUUGGACCAGGGUCGGUUUUGCGUGGUCCUUCACGAAAUGCGACAGCUGAUGCUGUGAAACCGAAGUUGAACUGUGAUAGUCCAGGUUGUCCUUUUGAAUUGCUCCACCCUCCAGAAGACUGCAACGUGAAUUCUUCACUAUCAUUCACUUUACAGAUCUGCCGAGUUGAAGAUAUCCUUGUUGAAGGCCUCAUAGAAGGAUCUGUUGUUCAUUUCCACAGAGCAAGGACUGUAGAUGUGCAACCUUAUGGAAUUAUUAGCACAUCAGGGAUGGGCUGCACUGGAGGAGUAGGCAAAGGAUCAGUUCUAAGCAAUGGUCUUGGCAGUGGUGCUGGUCAUGGUGGUGAAGGCGGAUAUGGAUAUUAUAAUGGAAGCUGCAUUGGGGGUGGCAUCACAUAUGGAGAUCCCAAUUUGCCAUGUGAACCCGGCAGUGGAAGUGGGAAUAGUAGCCUAGCUGGAUCAACAGCAGGUGGUGGUGUUUUGGUAAUGGGCUCGUGGGAGCAUCCCCUGAUGUAUUUGUCGGUUAAAGGCAAAGUUGACUCUGACGGGGACAGCUUUGAAGAAAGCUUCAGGAAGAAAGGUUAUCUAACUAGAGAUCAGUACAUAGGGCCUGGAGGUGGAUCCGGUGGAAGUAUUCUAUUGUUUUUGAGAUCACUCCAUCUUGGUGAAUCUGGCACCAUGUCAAGCCUUGGAGGUAGUAGCAGUUCCAGUGGUGGUGGUGGUGGAGGUGGUGGACGAAUACACUUUCACUGGUCGGAUAUUCCUACUGGAGAUGUGUAUCAGCCAAUAGCAACUGUGAAUGGGAGCAUCUAUACAAGGUUUGUGCAGUUAUGAAUCAACAUAUUGCUAAAAAAUUUAUUUCCACAAGUUGUGCUAUUGUUAAUUUGCGUACUUUGGGAUAUGCACGGGUCAUUUGAUAAGUUAUGGAUAACUUGUGUAGUCAUCUUAGUGCAUCUUUUUCUAGUCUAGUUAUUGUACUAUAGAAAUUGCUGAAGUAAACAGGUCCAUUGUUCCGUGUUCUAGCCUGCUGGUAAUGCCAUGUUUCAAUUCAUUGAAAGAUGCAAUCUUGUUUCCCUGAAUUCAUAAACCAUUUUUUCGAGACUGUAUUAUUGCACUAUCAAGAGAUGCAAAUAGCUAGACCUGAAAUAUCCAAAUGUUAAGUCUUGUUGUGUUUGCAUUCUUUUGCUGCUGUUCGGAUUACUUUGCUAUGUAAUUGGUACUUCUUGUCAAAUUCUCUGCUUAUAACAUGAAGAUACAUAGUUUCACUUCAAUGACUAGAUAGAGUUGUAGCCUCACUUUUCAUUGUUCUCUUUGGAAGUAUGUCACUACAUUGCUUAUGAUACUUCCUGAGCAUCUGAUUUCAAAUUCUAAUGGAUGUUGGUUUAUUAGUUGCAUCAAUUAGUAAUUUGUUAUUUGGCCUGAUGGCCACAAUCAACUUCAGAACCUCAAGUGCAAUUUGUUGCUUCAUUCUUUGCGGUUGCUUAGCUGGUCUAAGAUCCAGUUAGGAGAUAAAGCUAGAGACUGGAUUAGAAGGUUUUUUUUGGCUGUUAAUACAUUUUUACAGGAUGGAUCCUAUGAAUGCAUUUAAGAUCUCUGUGACUGACAGGUCAUUAAAUUAAAGGUAUUACAAAGAAUUCCAUUGUGGUUUCUUCGUGUAUCCCACACGUCCUUUUGAGAUUUUUGCAAAUCUUUUUCUAGGAAGCAUCUAUGUAUUGGUUUAUAUCUAUAUACUAUAUAGUGUUAGCAUGUUAGGAGCGAUUAGCAAUUGGUUA